GUCGCGUGGAAGCUGCCGGGAGCCGAGAGAACCCGCUUGGUCCAGGCAGACGCAGCCAUGGGAGCCCCCUGCCCCCCGAGAGCCGGUGCCCUUCUCCUGCUGGCGGCCACACUGCUCCUCCAAGGAGCCACGGCCCUGGAGUGCCACAGCUGUGUGGAGCGCAGCGACGGCGGCUGCAGCCCCGAGAAGAUGAAGACGAUCUCGUGUCCUGACAACACCCAACUGUGCAUGGAAACCGUGGCAGCCGUGAAAUGGAGCCACGGGCAGUUCCUGGUGGGCGAGAAGGGCUGCGGCCUGGGCAGACCGGGCACCAACGACAAGGGCGUGGACCUGCACGGCAUCUUCGCCUUCUCCCAGGUGCACAACUGCAACAGCAGCCGCUGCAAUUCCCGGCUGGACAUCCGGGCCAUGGCGCUGCAGCCGAUGGGGAACGAGAGCGCCCGGGUGCCCAACGGGCUGGAGUGCUACAGCUGCCAAGGCAACGAGGCCUGCUCCCCCGGCAACGCCACGGUGGUGAAGUGCUACGACGGGUACCAGGGCUGCUUCCACGGCAACGUCACCAUGAGAGUCGGCAACUUCUCACUGAGCCGCCCCCUCAAGGGCUGCGUGCAGAACAAGGACUGCACCAAGGAGGCGAGGGGCAGUGCAGCCGUCAACCUGGUGGGCUCCUGCUGCUCCGGCCACCUCUGCAACGAGGACCUGGCCAACAAGACCUUCUUCGCCCCCAAAAUCCCCCCGCUGGAGGUCAUGCCCGGCCAUGGGGCCAACGCCACAGCCAAUGCCACGGCCACUGCCACGGUCACCGCCAUGGUCGCUGCCGCCACCACAGUCACUGCCGCCGCCAGGGUCACGGCCGCUGCCACGCCCCUGCCGCCGGACCACGGGCACCAUGAGGAUCACGAGGAUCAUGAGGACCACGAGAACCACGAAGACCUCAUCCGGGACGACCACCACAUCACCACGGCGGGCGAGCGGCGAAACAACCCAGGCGUCAAGCUGCCGAGCGGCGGGAAGGGGGGAGCGGCGGGGCUGAGCGCCUCAGCCUGGCUGGUCUUGCUCGGGUCCGCCUUGCUCCUGUGAAGGGGGCACCCGGGAGGGGAAAUGGCACGAGACGCCCCCCACCCAUUCACCCCCCAUUGCCCCCAUCCCCGCUCCGUUGGCCAGCCUCCCCCUGACUUCUUCAACUCCAGCCUGGCUUCGGCCUAUGCACGGCAGCCAUCUUCUUAGUUGAGCAGCACUCUUGAUGGCAGGCCAGGUCGGCCCUGUGGCGCCGCCAGGCGGGGCUAAGUUUGCAGGUUGCAUCUCUGUGCGUCAGAGCCCCGUUCUCACGACACCUGGCCUUCCCUUCAGCCUCCCCGUAGCAGCCAUCUUGGUCUGGAAGUGCCGUGGCUUGAUGUCCCUCUAGGGCAUCUUUUGUGGGUGUCCCCUUCACACAAAGUAUCCACAGGUUUUUUUUUACCAUCAGGGAGCCCUUCUCGUGGCACCACCACAAAUCCAGGCUUCCUUCAGCCUGCACAAGGCAGCCAUCUUGGUUGCAUGUGGCCUAGUUUUGCCUACUUGCAGUGGCCAGCUUGUUUUUUAAGUGUGUGGGGGGGGGAACAAUACGGAGGGGGAAGAGCCAUACUACCCCUGCCCACUAGAACAAAUUCCCACAUGUUGCCUUCCCAUAGCGCAGGCCACAUUCUUAUAGCAGCGCAGCAAAUUCAGGCUUCUCUUCAGCCUGCGCAUGGCGGCCAUCUUGUUUCUACAUGGCCUAGUUUGACCCCAGUCUGGGGAGGGCUGUGACGGCCGCCAUUUUCUGUUCGCUUGAGCGGAUCCCAUCCCUUCUUCAUCUCACCCAGGCGCAUGUUUUGCCACGAGCUUUCGUGUUAUCUGCCAACACUGGGCAGCCAUCUUGUUUCUUUAUGCAACACUAGUUGACAUCUGUCUAGGGAAGGUGGCCACUGCUUGGUCUUCAUUCCCCAGGGAAAAGUCCCAAGGCUGCUCCAAAGCAAAUACAGUACUACAUGCAGCAGUCAUCUUGCCAUUAUUCUGGGUCAGCCAUUUUGUCUCCGACCAACAGGGUGGUGGGUCCCGUUGCCAUGGCGCCAAAGGCAACUCAGGCUUCUAACAGCUUGCUGGGCCUCAGCAUUGGGACCCACAGUCUAUGCCUCCUCCCCACACACACACACGCGUGCGCACACACACACACGAGGCUGGUUGUGGAAGAUGGCGCAACAAGAUGGCCGCCGGCACACGGUGGCCAGGGCACAACAAUGGGAAGGAAAGGGCACUGAGGGGCUCAUCCCCACCCACCAUCUCGCCCGCUGGGUAUUUAGCCCCAGUAGUGGGGGUCCCAGCACAGCUUCCCAUCCUUCCACCUGCCCAGGUGGCACAGCUCAGAGAAGGAUGGGACAGUGCUAAGGGAGCAGAGGGGUCAAUGAGUUCCUCACGGCCCCACUGGGGCGAUAGGGACUAGCCCAGAUCAGCCCCACAGGCCCAUCCAGCCCGAUAUCCCACCUUCUCCCUGACCCCCCACCCAGAUCAGACCUAUGGGCCCAUCCACCCUGGUGUCCCUGCUACCUAAAACCUCUGGCCCAAUUACACCCCCUCACUGUGCAAUAUUCCCCUUCCUGACCUCUCAGCUCAGCACAUGCCCUGGAGCCUGCGGGUGAGGCAUCCCUGAAUCAUUCUCCCAGCUGGCACGGCUGCAGCUGCCCUUCCCAAUGUAAAUAGUUUCAGAGACUCAACUCUCGCCAUGGGAAGGGGGCCGGGAAUUCCCAGGGAAGGGUUUAAAGGCUCAUUAAUAAAAGGAUUG